UUCAAGCUCUGUAGUCUUCGUAAAUCAACAAAAAAUUAGAAAUUAGAAAUUUCGAAAUGUUGCGUUCUAUUUUGUUAAUUACAUUAGUUUUUGCUCUGGCAAAUGCAACUAAUGUUCAGAAAUGUAAAAAAGGAGAACCCUUUCCUUUGAGUGUUGACAUCAAAGGAUGUCAAGAGGAACCAUGCGAUAUUGUUAGGGGUUCCACAGCCGUUAUGGAUGUUCAUUUCGUAAGUCCCAAGGACAAUGUUAAAAAGUUGACAGCUAAAAUUACAGCCACAGCUUUAGGUAUAACAACUCCAUAUGAGCUUCCCGAAAGUGAAGCUAAUGUAUGUAAGAAUCUAUUGAAUGGAGCCAGUUGUCCGCUUGAUGAAGGUGAAGAUGUCAUUUAUCAACUCAACUUUUACAUUGACUACAUAUAUCCAAAAAUACCAGUUAAAGUUGAAGUAUCACUCGUCGAUGAAGACAAAGAGUCAUUUGCUUGCUUCGCUGUUGAUAUUAAAGUUAAAUAAUUAAUUUACAGCAAUAAGAUUAAGCAAAAUUUUGAUAUAUACAUUUAUUGGGAUAAAUAUUAUUAUAUUGAUGGAAAUAGAAAGCAGUAUUUUUAAGGCAAGCCUCGUAUUGAUGUAGUAAAGAGUUGUAUGAACUGACAGAGUGGUUUCUAGUGCAUGAAAGAUCUCAACAAGGAAACAAAACAGGGAUGUUUAAAAUAUAUUUUCUACUUUUUUUAUCAAUCUUAAUGUGGAGAGUAAUUCCUCGAAGAGA